AUGGAGGCCUGGCCUUGCCUAGACAAGCAACAACGAGUGCCCCUCGUGCCGCCCUCACUGCGCCAGCAGGCGGUCACUGCGCGCCGACCCACCAACAACGAGUGCCCCUCGUGCCGCGCGCACUGCGCCAGCAGGCGGUCACUGCGCGCCGACCCGCGAUUUGAUGCGCUGGUGGCUGCUGUGUUCCCCAACAGAGACAGGAUUGAGAAGGAGGAGAUGACACUGCACACAGAGGAGGCCAGGCGCAAUGAAGAGUGUCUGAGACGCAUAAAGGAGAUCUCUCGCCGCCUGCCAGGCACAAAAUCUCCGUACCUUCCCUCCCUCCCUCCCUCCCUCCCUCCCUCCCUCCCUCCCUCCCUCCCUCCCUCCCUCCCUCCCUCCCUCCCUCCCUCCCUCCCUCCUUCCCUCCCUCUUUCCCUCCCUCCUUCCCUCCCUCCUUCCCUCCCUCCUUCCCUCCCUCCUUCCCUCCCUCCUAACCUCCCUCUUCCCUCCCUCCUUCCCUCCCUCCUUCCCUCCCUCCUUCCCUCCCUCCUUCCCUCCCUCCUUCCCUCCCUCCUUCCCUCCCUCCUUCCCUCCCUCCUUCCCUCCCUCCUUCCUUCCCUCCUUUUCUCCCUCCUUUUCUCCUUUUCUCCCCAUCAGUUCCAGAGGCGCAUAAAGGAGAUCUCUCGGCGCCAGGCACAAGUGUUCAACCGCCGCCGCCCCCUCUCCUCCUCCCCCUCUCUCUCCCUUGCUGCCCCUGAUGCUGCCACUGGUGGUGACGCUGGCGCUGCUGCUACCAGUAGUGGUGAGGGGAGGUAUAAUACCAUCACCACAACCAACACCACUGCUGCUGCUGCUGCUGACGCUGGUGCGGCUCGUGUUGGGACUGCUUUCAAGAAAAGGAAACGAGAAGAAUCAAUGCUGGGAGGCACAAGUGGGAGUCAGGGCGUUGGUGGUCAGAGUGGCGUGGCAGUUGGAGAGAGGAGCGCAGAGAGGGGGAGAGUGAGGGUGGCGGGGAGUUCUAGAGAGGAGGAGGGGGAGGAGGAGGAGGAGGAGGAGGAGGAGGAGGAGGAGGAGGAGGAGGAGGAGGAGGAGGAGGAGGAGGAGGAGGAGGAGGGGGAAGAAAUGGGGCGAGGAGUGAAACGCGAGGAACAGUCAGUGGAAGGGGCAGAGGGGGAGGAGGAGGGAGAGGAGGAGGACGAGGAGGGAGAGGAGGAGGGAAGGAAACUAGAACUUGAAUCAGAGGGGGAGGAAUGUUUUCAGAAAGAGGAGGAAGAGGAGAAGGAGGAGGAGGACGAGGAGGAGAGGGUGGAGAGGGAGAAGGAGGAGGAUGAGGAGAAAGAGGAGGGAGAAAAUGAGGAGAUGGAGGAGGAGGAGGAGGAGGAGGAGGAGGUUAUAGUGGUCACUGCAGCACUGGCCACGAGGGACGUGCUGCUGGUCUUCCAGCAGGAAGCUGCUCGUUUGAGAGCAGUGCGAGGGGAGGAGGUGAGGGAGGACGCGAAGAAGACGGGGGUUACGUCACUGACGUCUAGAAUGUGGAGUAUAUUGAGUGUAAAAGCUUGA